AUGGAAUCUCCAGACUCAAUAACUCCUGUUAUUAAUGAAGCUCAAGAAGAAUUAUCUACUAAAGUCGUAUCUACUGGAAACAGCGCUUCUCAAGAUGCUGCGACAAAAACUGUUUCGGUUAAAAGUAUUUUGAAAAAGAGUUUGCCGGUCAAGCCCGCCACGGUGAAAACUGUUUCAGCUCAAAUUACUACGUCCAAAACUGGGUUGCCCAAACCCAUCUCGACGGAACUGAUUGUGACUAAACCCGUUGCGACCAGCAGCACAAUCGAAAUCCCCAGUUCUCGUGGAUUGGAAAACAAGUCGGAAUCAUCUAUUAUUGAUGAAGCUCUAGAAGAAUUAUCUACUAAAGUCGUAUCUACUGGAAACAGCGCUUCUCAAGGCGCUGCGACAAAAACUGUUCCGACUGAAAGUAUUUUGAACAAAAUUAUGCCGGUCAAAUCCGCCACGGUGAAAACUGUUUCAGCUCAAAUUACUACAGCCAAAACUGGGUUGCCCAAACCCAUCUCGACGGAACUGAUUGUGACUAAACCUGUUGCGACUAAAAUCGUUGCGACCAGCAACACAAUCGAAAUCCCCCGUUCUCGUGGAUUGGAAAACAUAUCGGAAACAUUUGCUCCACAAGAAUUGGUGGCCAACACCGUCGUUACCGAAAAUUUGAUUCCUGGCGUUGCGAAUAUAAGUGUUCCUGACAAAUUCUUGGCGGCCGCUAUGGUCGAAAUCCCACAGGGAAUCGGAUCAGAACUUGACACUUUGCCAGAAACGUCUGAAAUUGAAACUUCGGAACAAAAAUCGGACAAAAUGGAUGCUGCGCCUGAAAACCUUGCUGCAAAAACCGUGGUGACUGAGUCUGUUGCUCCCACAAACGUUGCUAAAAAUGCUGCUCCGGUCCCAUUCGUUCGUUUCGUUGCGGCCGAAUCAAUUGCAUCGGUAAUCGUUCCUCCCAAAUCCGAUGAAGCAAUUAGUCUUGCGGCUAAAACUGAUGAUCCCAAAGACGCUGUUCCAAAAAUCCUUUCGGCAAAAUCGAUUGAACCGAGAACCGUUGCAACUAGAUCUGUUGCAACUAGAACCAAGUCGGUCAAUUCUAUUGAAACUGAAACAGCUGAAAAAAAGGUGCUGUCAAAAUCACUAAACCACGUAAGGAACAAGAAAUUGCAAAAGAGAGUGGGCAUAAUGAGGUUUGCAUGGCAGCAACAUGUCUUGAGUCUACUACGGCUACGGCCGUCAAUUGGGUUCAGUGUGAUGAGUGUUCAAAGUGGUUUCAUUACAAGUGCAUUGGAGUGA